UGACCGGGAAUAGUAGAAAGUAGGGUUGUUGUGGAUACACACUGGCUUUAACUGGAUCUUUACGAGAGAACAUAGUUAACCAAACCCAAGCUAUUGCUCAGCCCAUUUGGGUCUCAGGUCUUGCCUCAUACCUGCUAGCGCUCAGUUAAAAGCUGGAGUUUUUGUUGCACAGCUUUAGAGCUGGGGUUUUCCUCCCUCCACCACUCUGUGGAGCAAAGCUGAGGCUUGUUAAGCUCCAACUGCAGCUCUCUGGCAGCCACCGGCCUGAUUCGCCACUCACUCACUCACAGAAAUGCUUUGGGAGGACAAAGCCGUUCUCUUCAGCAUUCUGCUGGUCUACAGCUCAUCACAGGUGCUGGCUUCAGGUGAGAGGCAGGAGGAUGUUGAGUGCGCUGAGCUCAACAGCACUAGAUGGCAGGGAUACCGACAGCAGAGAUCCAAACUGGAGGUCCAGUAUCUGCUGCUGACCAGGAAAAACCCGGACUGUGCACAACGGUUUGAUCAGGACUAUCUCAGCAAGCCCACUUCAUACUUUAACACAUCCUGUCCCACAAAGGUUAUCGUUCAUGGAUACAGGGCCCUGGGAAGAAAGCCAUCCUGGGUUACGGAUCUGGCCCAGGCGCUGCUCAGAGCUCAGGAUGUGAACGUUGUGGUGGUGGACUGGAUUUAUGGCGCCUCCUUUGCAUACAACCUUGUGGUGGAGAAUUACAAGGAGGUGGCCCUGCAGAUUUCUGUUCUCAUCAACCGGCUACAGACGCAUGGAUGCAAACUGGAGUCCUUCCACUUCAUCGGGGUCAGUCUCGGCGCGCAUGUCUCUGGCUUUGUGGGAACUCUGUUCGAAGGAAAGAUCGGAAGAAUCACAGGUCUUGAUCCUGCUGGUCCCAUGUUUAAAGGAGCUGACACUUAUGACCGGCUGGACCCGACCGACGCUCUCUUUGUGGAGGCCAUCCACACAGACUCUGAUUACUUGGGCAUCUCCAUUCCCGUCGGUCAUGUGGACUUCUUCCUGAAUGGUGGGAUGGACCAGACUGGAUGUGCUCGUUCCAGAUUUGCCACAAUGUACGGUUAUGUGAUUUGUGACCACAUGAGGGCGGUGCACGUCUACAUGAGCGCGCUGAACGGGACGUGUCCUCUGAUGGGGAUCCCAUGCUUCUCUUAUGAGGACUUCCUGCAGGGAAGCUGCGUGGACUGUGAGGUCUACAAGAGGAGAUGUCCAACCAUAGGUUUACAAGAAAACAGCGGAAUAGCCACAUCGCCCAUUCCAGGACAGCAGAAAGUAUUCCUCCUCACGACUUCUUCAUCACCGUUUUGUGCUCAUCAUAUCCUGCUGAGGCUGGAAGUUUCCCCCUUGGACAAGAGUGCAGAGGUGGAAGUAACACUGCUGACUUGGAACGAGGAAACGGUGCACCGGUUCAGACUUCAGACCGCUACGACGGUGUACCAGAGGGUGCUGGCUCACCCCGCUGCCCUGUGCCAGAUCGACACCAUCAGACUGAAGAACACAGGUGCCCGCCUCUACAGACAGGGAGACCUUCACAUCAAGUCGGUGUGCAUCUCAGAGCUCCCCCUUCUCAGACACGAGGAGCCGCUGUGCGUGAACAACAUCGACAUCAGACGAGGGGUUCUCUGGUCGCACGACUUCGUGCAGGUGUGUGGGACUUUGUGAUGGGCAAAUCCACUUCAAAGGCAGUGGAAGAACAUCCUGGCACAGCUACGUUAAAAUUAGACAUAAACGUGUUGCUACGGAGACCGCUAUGCCUCGUUGUCAACUUGUUUCGUUAUAAAGUUGAAAGAUUAGAGAGAAAUGUCUUGUAGAAACCCCAAAAAGGGGAUUUCACCAUCAUACUCCGUUCCUUAGAGAAUGAAAUUGUGUAAAUGUGGAUACUUGAUCCAUCUGAUUUUCUAGCAUGUCAGCUGUUUUUGUUUUUUUUGU